UAAUAUUAAACUAAUUAAUUAACUGAUUAAUUAAGACUCAAAGCUUGAAAACAGUUAUUUGACCAUUCAGCUAUGGCUUACUCCCCACUAUGAAGUAUAAACCCAACCCUUCACACCCUUCCUUCCUUGUCACCCACUCAACGCACAACUCUGAAAAACAACCUCAAAACCUUCUGCUCCAAGCCUCCCAUCACCAUGAGCUUUUCAGCAGUAACAACAUCGGCCGUCGAUCAGGGCGACGGAGCUUCAAUCUCCGCCAUCCAUCCCGACAUCAUCACUGCUCACAUCCUUACCCGCCUCGACGGCCAGACCUUGGCUGCCGCGGCCUGCGCUUCCUCCGAAUUACGUGCCUUCUCCGCCGAAGAAAAACUGUGGCGGGACGUCAGCACCUCCACUUGGCCUUCCAUCACCGAUCCACGUGUCGAGGACCUCAUUUCCACUUUCCCUGCCGGUCACCGCUCAUUCUUCUCCGACUCUUUCCCGCUCCUCGACCACUCCCCCUCCCAAUACAAUCUCAGGUGUUCGUCUCCCACCGCGGAGUUAAUCUCGGCCGUCGAUAUUUUUUACAAAGACCAGCUCAUUUUCUCGAAAGUUGAAGAGUCCGAAACCGAGUCCGGGUGGUUCCUCUUCUCGCCCUUCCGAGUUGAAUUACUUGACAGGAAAGAAACCGUCCCAAUACCAAUCCGACAUGUCGGGGAAGACCAAAAGUCGUUGAAGCACUUGGAGGACAACUUGAGCCUGAGCUGGAUCGUGAUCGACCCGGCCCGGAAACGGGCGGCGAACUUGUCGAGCCGGAGGGCGGUGACGGUGCAGCGGCACUGGCUAACGAGGGAGAUACAGCUGCGCUUCGCGACGAUUUUGGCGAGGGAGAAGAAGGGGGAGUAUGUACAGUGUGGGAUGGUGGUCACGUGCAAGGGAAGCGAAGGAGGGGAGCUGCAUGUGAGAGAGGUGAGCAUGCAGGUGGAGGGAAUGGAGGGGAACCACUUGAACGGCAGGGAGAGUUUGGUAAUUUUGCAGAGAGCAAUCGAGGGAGGGAUGAGGAGAAAGGAGGUAAACGGGAAGGCAAGGUUCGAUGAAUACUUGGUGAUGAAGAGAGAGAGGAGAGAGAGAAAGGAGAGGAGAGAGAAUGCCUUGGACAUGAUCUGCAUUGCUGCUGGGGUUACUAUUUUCUUGGCGUUCUGGUCAUUUGUCUUGUUCAGAUAAACAAUAAUGAACCCAGAAACGGAAACAGAAUGGUUUUAUUUAAUUUACAGUUAAUUACACAUUUUAAUUAAUUAAUUCUUUAAACCAAAGUAUAUAGAAAAGUUCAUACAAAGAAGCAAAAUGGAUAUUUGUAAUUAAUUUUUUAUUACAAAUCUUGGCUCUUUUGAGUGUGUUUAUAUAUAUAUGUUUUUGUGCGUGCUGUGUGUAAAAGAAGCUGAAAUGUAAUAUACAUGUUUAUAUAAUCAAAUUACAAUUUUUUUUU